AUGUCCGCACGAUCAACGCACUCCCACUUUCCGUACAAGCCAACUAACGCUACCCCAGUCCUUCUGGCAGGCAGCGUCCGCGGCGAACUCGCCGCCACAACCGCCGACGCGCUCUCCCACGGCGGCGCCGGCUGCAUAGUCUUCACGGGCCGCUCACAGUCCGAAGUGCAACCCGCCAUCAACCACAUCAACUGCAAGCACCCAAAGACAAAGAUACUCUUCGUGACUGCCGACCCGGACAGUCUCGCGAACAUGAGCGAGGCCGCGCAGACAGUCAAAGACUUGGCCGUGCCGAUUGAUGGUAUCGUGUGCUAUCCCACCGUGAUGGCGGCGGCCUGGCAGACCACGCGGGACGGGAUCGAGUCUCAUUUCCAGAAGAACUACCUGGCAUAUUUCGUGCUGGUUAACGAUGUGCGGCAAGAGGCGCCGGCGCCGAAGUGGGAGGAUAUUAAUUUCGCGAAUGGGGAGCGGUAUCAUUGUCUCGAUGCUUACUCGCAGUCGAUGUUUGCGAAUAUCCUGUUUGCCAAGUCCCUCGCGCAGCUAUGUCGUGAUCAGUCUAUUGCGGCCUUCUCUGCCAAUGCUGGAAAUACCAAGACGAACGUGCAAACAUACGUCUCCCCCGAGGACGUCGCGUCGUGGCUGCAGCGGAAGAAAGAAGCGGGUGAGGACCUGCCCAUUCUGCUCCAGCAAGCCCCCAAGUCACAGUCGCAAGCGAAUGCCACAAUCCUCCGGGGACUCCUUGAUCCCAUGCUGGCAGAGCAAUCCGGCGCCUUCCUGGACAACUGCGAAGUCCUUCCACUGCCAUACCUCGAGUUUCCGGCUGGCGAAGAGAGCGCCACGGCGCUGUGGAAACAGAGCGAGGUGUUUAUCGAAGCAGCCGGGCAGGAACAGUUAGGUCUAGGGGGGUCCGUCACCCCGAGAUAA